UUUGUGGACCCCACUCACAAAUACAGCCACGCCUCACUCCAACUGAAAGUAGUAACAAACUCUCAACAUUUCUCCCUCUCUUCUUCCUUCUUUCUCAUUCCUUCAUUUUCUUUUUGUCUUUAUUCUCACUUCACUCUCCAAAUUCAAAUCAAAUUCUAGAAUCUUCUUCUCUCUUCACCUUCAUCUUCCAUUUUUCUCUGUUUCUUCAUUAUUAUUAUUGAUUUCAUAGUGUUUGUAAUUGCUGAGGUUUUCCAGUUUCUAUAAUUUAACUGUGGAUUUUGAGGCUUCUGAUAUGAAGGAAACUGUUUUUGGUGAUGACUUUGAAUCUGAAGAUGAUGAUGAUGUUCUUUUGUCAACAAGGAUUCUGCAGAUUGCGAGUUUGGGAAAAUGUAGUAGUAAACGAGAUGCGUCUGGUAAAAGGCUAUUUGACAAUAGCAAACCCUUGCAUAUUAAAGUUAAGAAAUCAAAGGUGUCAACAUAUGAUGAUAACGAUAAAGAUGAAGAUGAUAUUCAUUUGUCGGAUGAAAUUGUGAGGCCGGUAAAAUCGACUGAUAAGUCGUUUUCUUUGCUGAGGAACGAUCUUGUAAUGUUAGAAAAAAUAUUUGAGGAAGGUAAAAGGAAGAUGCGGGAGGAAGAGAAGAAAUUAGAGUCUAUAAAGAGAGAGAUUGAGGAAUGCUGCAAAGAGCUUGAAAAUAAGAAGGAUAAAGUUAAUUGUGUUAGAAGAAUUGAAGAAGCUUGCAGCAAAAUGCAGGGUAAAAUUGAAGAAUGUACCAUGGAACUUGUAAUGAAGGAAGGAGAGCUUUAUUUGAUAGAGGACUUGAUUGGAAAGCGCAGGGAAGAGCUCAAGACGAAAGAGAUAGAACUCAUUAAAGUCAAGGGUAACAUUUCAAAAGUCAUAGAACUUCGUCGAGUCAUUGGAAGAAUUGACAAGGAUCGGGGAAGGAAGGAAGGGGAACUCCAGGCUCUUUCCCAAAAAAUUGCUGAAUGUAGUUUGGAACUUAAGGCAAAAGAGAAGGACCUUGAUGCAAUUAACAAAUUAAUUGGUGGACAAACCGAAAAGUUUGAGUCUGAAAAGAAAAAGCUACUACAGGUGAUGUCAAUAAUGAAGGAUGAUCGUGCUCAAAUGAAGGAUUUUGAGUCAAUGAAGAAGGAAUUUGAGUCAAUGAAGAAGCAAUUUGAAUGUCAGAUUAAGGAACUUGAUUCCAAAGAGAAGGAAUAUGAAGGACGGUUGGAGGAGCUUAAGUCACAGGAGAAGCACAUUGAAGGACGAGUUAAGGAUUUGGAAUCAAGAGAAAAGCAGCUUCAAGGACAUAUGAAGGAGUUUGAAUCAAAACAGAAGCAAGUAGAAGAACGGGAAAUGGAGCUAGAGUCAAAAGAGAUGCAACAUGAAGACCGGAAGAAGGAGUUUGAAUCGAAAGAAGAGAAAUUUAAAGGCCAAGUGAAGGAGCUGGAAUUUAAAAAGGAGCACUUUGAAAGCCAAAUGAAGGUGUUAGAGUCGAUAGAUAACCGACUUGUUGGCCGAGUGAGGGAGUUUGAGUCAAAGGAAAGGGAGUUUGAAUGUAAAAUGAAAGAGUUGAUAUCGAAACAGAAGCAUUUGGAAAGCCGAUUGAAGGAGCUUAAGUCAAAUGAAAAGAAGCUUGAAGACCGAGUGAAGGAGCAUGGCUCAAAAGAAAGAGAGUUUGAAGUCCGUGUGAAGGAGAUGGAAUCUAAAAAGAACCACUUUGAAACACAAGUGAAGGAAUUUGAAUCAAAAGAAAGGGAGUUUGAAGGCAACCUGAAGGAGAUGCUAUCUAAACUGAAGCAUUGUGAAAGCCGAAUGACAGAGCUUGAUUGGAAAGCGAGGCAGCAUGAAGGCCGAAUGAAGGAACAUGAAUCAAAAGUGAGAGAAUUUGACGGCCAUGUGAAGGAGCUUGAAUCUCAUAAGAAGCGUUUCAAAAUCCAAGUGGAGGAGGUAAAAUCAAGAGUGAAACAGAUGAAAGAACGAGUUAAGGAAGUUGAGUCUAAAGAGAGGCUGUGUGAUGCCCGGUUGAAGGAGUUUAAAUCACAAGAGGAUGAACUUGAAGGCCGGGUGAAGAAGUUUGAAUCAAAAGAGGAUGAAUUUGAAGGUCGAGUGAAGGACAUUAAAUCAAAAGAGGAGAAACUUGAAGGCCGGAUGAAGGAGUUGGAAUCAGAAAAGAAGUGUUUCAUGAAUCAAGCGAUGGAGCUCGAAUCAAAAGAAAAUCAAUUUGACAGAAAAAUGAAAGAGUUUCAAUCAAAAGAGGAGGAACUCGAAGGUCGAGUGAAGGACAUUAAAUCGAAAGAGGAGGAACUUGAGGGACGGGUGAAGGAGUUGGAAUCGGAAAAGAAGUGUUUCAUGAGUCAAGCGAUGAAGCUCGAAUCAAAAGAAAAUCAAUUUGACAGAAAAAUGAAUGAGUUUCAAUCAAAAGAGGAGGAACUUGAAGGUCGAGUGAAGGACGUUAAAUCAAAAGAGGAGGAACUUGAAGGCCAAGUGAAGGACAUUAAAUUAAAGGAGGAGGAACUCGAAGGUCGAGUUAAGGAGCUCAAAUCAGAAAAGACGCAGUUUGAAAGCCUAGUUAAAAACUUCAAAUCAAAAGAGAAGAAAUAUGAAAGAUUGUGGAACGAACUUGAAUUAAAAGAAAAUAAGUUCAAAGUAAAGGUUAAGGCAAAGCUGAAUAAAAUAGAUAGUCAGCCAAAGGAGCCUGAGUUCUCAGAGAAACUAAAUGGAGUAUUAACAAAACAUACUGUUGAGGAAAAAAAUUCCGCUACAUCGGAUCAAUUAAGUGCUACUAUGGAUGGACGAGGAUUGCAGUUGGACACAAAUGAGAAAACUGAUGGGGUUGAAUCACUUUGCUGUGGUGUUUUAGUAAAUCUGCUAGAAUCAUCAGAUCCAGCCAAACUUGUUUUGGAUAUAAUACUGAACCGCACUAUUCCACUUUGUGAUAAGAAAGGAGACCAUGCGGUGAUUAUUAAUGAUAGCCACAUCAAUCUGCUAGAACAACUGAUGACAAUCUCACCAUAUAUCAAACCUAGUGUACGAAAAGAAGCAUUGAAGCUAGCACUUGAUUUGAAAGCUAACAUGAAGGAAACUACUGAAAAUUAUUUGACGGUUCUUGGUUUUCUUCUCCUUUUGUCAAAUUAUGGAUUGGUCACUUCUUUUAUUGAAGAUGAAAUUUUGGAGCAUUUUGCAUUUGUUGCUCAUUACAAGAUAGCUGCGAAGCUGUUUAGGAACCUUGGCUUUGUGAAUAAAGUUUCUGGUUUUGUUGAGAAACUUAUCAAGAAGAAACAAUUUGUUGGAGCGGUUAGAUUCAGUUGUGAAUAUAACUUGACUGACAAGAAUCAACUAAUUGAUCUCUUGCAAGAACACGUCCAGAAUGCCAAGCAGAUAUGUGAGACCAGUUGCAACAACAGCGACUCCAAAGAAAUCAAGGAUAAGGCGAGAGAUCGAGAAAUUGCUUGUCUGGAAACUGUUCUACAGUGCAUUUCAGAUCACGGCCUAGAACCUAAGGUUCUGUUUAACAAGGAGAUUAAAUAUCGCAUUCUUGAGCUAAAAGGAUAUAAAGGCAAUUAGUUUUCUACUGGAACAACUUAAUGCAAGAAUGUAGUAAUAGUUUGGUGGGAGGGAUAGAUGCUAUUCAUGCUAAAUAUAAAAGCUUAAUUAUAUCACUAUUUGUAAAGCUGUAAAUCUAUCCUUGUAAUGAAACUCUGUUUCUUUUAUUCGAUUUUUUUAGCAUAUAUUUGAGUUGAAUUUGAGAACACGUUCACUCUAAUUAUGAUGAU